AUGGGUAAAAAUCUGACCCUUCGACGGACCAGAAUUAUCGAAAUUAUUGUCAAAAACCUUGUAGCACAAAGUAGUACUUGUUCUCGAAAACUUAGAAGUUCAGUCAAAGUAUCACUUGUUCUCGAAAACUUAGAAGUUCAGUCAAAGUAUCACUUGUUCUCCUCACCUUUAAUUUGUCAUAUUAUUUUGAUAGGAGGAAGGAAAUUUCAGCUAUGUGGAUUGGCUCAGUAUAUAAAUCUUGUAGGUGUAACCAUUGGUUACACAAUAACUGCAUCAAUUAGCAUGGUGGCUGUAAAAAGAUCAAACUGUUUUCACAAGCAGGGGCAUAAUGUGAAGUGCAGUGUAUCAAAUAACCCUUUCAUGAUCAUUUUUGCCUGCAUCCAAAUUGUUCUAUGCCAGAUACCCAAUUUCCAUGAGCUCUCUUGGCUCUCAAUUGUUGCAGCUGUUAUGUCUUUUGCUUAUUCUUCCAUUGGCCUUGGACUUUCCAUAGCCAAAGUUGCAGGUGGGGGACAUGUGACAACAUCCUUAACUGGGGUACAAAUUGGGGUAGAUGUAACUGCAACUGAAAAGGUUUGGAGGAUGUUCCAAGCCAUUGGUGACAUUGCUUUUGCUUAUGCUUUUUCAAAUGUGCUCAUUGAAAUCCAGGAUACCUUGAAAUCAAGCCCUCCAGAAAAUAGAAUUAUGAAGAGAGCAAGUUUAAUUGGAAUUUUGACUACAACAUUAUUCUAUGUACUAUGUGGAACCUUAGGUUAUGCUGCAUUUGGAAAUGAUGCACCAGGAAAUUUUCUCACAGGAUUUGGCUUCUAUGAGCCCUUUUGGCUAAUAGACUUUGCUAAUGUUUGCAUAGCUGUUCACUUAAUUGGUGCUUACCAGGUCUUUGUCCAACCCAUAUUUGGCUUUGUUGAGGGCCAAAGCAAACAAAAAUGGCCAGAUAGCAAAUUUGUGAAUGGAGAGCAUGCUAUGAAUAUUCCAUUAUAUGGAAGCUAUAAUGUGAAUUACUUUAGAGUAAUAUGGAGAAGUGGAUAUGUGAUUAUAACUGCAAUCAUAGCCAUGUUAUUUCCAUUCUUCAAUGAUUUCUUGGGAUUAAUUGGUUCACUAUCAUUUUAUCCAUUAACUGUUUAUUUCCCUAUUGAGAUGUAUAUUAAAAAAACCAAGAUGGAAAGGUGGUCAUUCACAUGGACUUGGCUUAAGAUAUUAAGUUGGGCUUGUUUGGUAAUUUCAAUAAUUUCAGCCGCUGGAUCAAUUCAAGGACUUGCUCAAUCUCUCAAGAAAUAUGAACCCUUCAAAGGAGAACAAUAAUGAUACUUAGUGUUAAUUUUCUAGUGUAACAUUAUUUUUCUUUUUGUUUGUCAAUGUUUUUUCUUGUCUUAAAUAAGUUAAUUACUAGAAGUUUAAUCAAAUGAUAUUGUACUAGUAUUAUCAAGUGUUUAUUGAUAGUGAACAAAUACAACACCAAGAAGUACAAUACAAAUCUAGUGAGUAAUAAUCCCAAAGAUGGUUGUAACUUGUAAAUUAAGUUAUAUGUAAUGUAGGACAUUUAAAGCAA